AAAAAAUACAAAUAAAAAAUUAUCAUUUUGAUUUUUGAAUUAAUAUAACAUAAAAUAAUAAAUGUUCACAAAAAAUAGGCCCGCUUGUGCGGGCAAAACUCCUAGUAAAUAAAAUACUUGUAAAGUAAAAUUUGUUUUUAAUUAUAUAUAAAAUUCAUUAAGGAUAAUAUAAUAAUAUCGAUAUUAACCAUUUUAACUUUUAACGUGAGAGUCCAAUUGCGAUAAACUACUUCGCAAAUAAUAGUAUAGAAGAGGUAUGUUCCGUAUAUCAUCAUAGCACUUAAAAAUCGUAAGUUUAGUUAGAAAAAAAACUAACAAAAUAAAUAUUUUUUAUUAAUUAAUUAAGUUUGGUAAGUUUAGAUAGAGUAGAAUCCAUCAAAAUAAAUAAUUUAUGAUUUAUUUCCUUUUGUAAAAAAUUUAUGAUUUAUUUCUAAAAAAUAUUUCAGUUUUAAUAAUAUAGAUAUAGAUACAAGCUUAUUAAUAUUUUCUUCUCCACUUUCUGCACACAAUGCUAUCAGCUAUGACGAAGACUCUACUUGCAUUGUUAAUCAUCUUCUCUCUGUUUCAUGUCCCUGCUUUUGCUGUGAAAAAAAAGUCGUACAUUGUUUACCUGGGAUCUCACUCACAUGGCCCUGAAGUCUCCUCCUUAGCCCUUAAACGUGUAGCUGAAUCUCAUCAUGAAUUGCUGGGAUCCUUUUUGGGAAGUCAUGAGAAGGCUAGAAACGCAAUCUUCUACUCAUACGAUAGACAUAUCAACGGCUUUGCAGCAGUUCUUGAAGAAGAAGAAGCUGAAGCUAUUUCAAAGCAUCCGAAUGUGAUCAGUGUGUUUCUAGACAAGGGGAAGAAGUUGCAUACAACACAUUCUUGGGAGUUCAUGCAAUUGGAGAAGGAUGGUGUGAUCCCUUCAAGUUCCUUGUGGUCAAAGGCAAGACUUGGUGAAGACACAAUCAUCGGAAACAUUGACACUGGUGUCUGGUCUGAAUCCAAAAGCUUUAGCCCACAUGGUCUUGGACCUGUUCCUUGUCGAUGGAAAGGAAGUUGCAACACCGGUGGCAAUGUUAGUUGCAACAGGAAGCUUAUAGGGACAAGGUACUUCAACAAAGGAUACUUGGUUUCCGCGGGUCUCAAGAGCAACUCUUCCUUUGAGUCUGCUCGUGACCAUGAUGGUCACGGCACUCACACGCUCUCAACAGCAGGAGGCCACUUUGUCCGGGGAGCUAGCGUCUUCGGUGUAGGCAAUGGAACUGCGAAAGGAGGAUCUCCAAUGGCCAGAGUAGCUUCCUACAAGGCCUGCUGGCCUCCCGUUAACGGCUCUGAGUGCUUUGACGCUGAUAUCUUGGCUGCCUUUGAUAUGGCCAUCCAUGAUGGUGUUGAUGUCCUCUCCGUCUCUCUCGGUGGUGACCCUGCUGAUUACUUCGCAGAUGGCAUUGCCAUCGGCUCCUUCCACGCUGUUAAACAUGGUAUCACUGUGGUCUGUUCCGCUGGAAACUCUGGCCCCGCUCCUGCAACUGUCUCAAACGUGGCCCCUUGGAUACUCACCGUCGCAGCCAGCACGCUAGACCGUGAGUUCCAGUCCUUUGUGCAGCUUGCGAGUGGCGAACGGUUCAAGGGAGAAAGCAUGUCAAAGGCCUUGCCUGCAGGGAAAAUGUUUAGUCUCACAACGGGAGCUCAAGCUAAACUUGCCAAUGCAUCUGCUAUAGAUGCGAUGCUUUGCAAAGAAGGCACGUUAGAUCCGCACAAGGCAAAGGGUAAGAUCAUGGUGUGUCUGAGAGGAAACUCAUCAAGAGUGGAAAAAGGGAGACAAGCAGCUCAAGCUGGUGCUGCUGCUAUGAUUCUAUGCAAUGAUAAGGCAUCAGGGAAUGAUAUCACAGCUGAUCCUCAUUUUCUUCCUGCUACACAUAUCAACUUUUUCGAUAGUCAAGCCUUGUUCUCUUACGUUAACUCCACUUAUUUAGAGCCCAUGGGAACUCUUACUGCACCUGCAGCAGCUUUUGGCAUCAAACCAGCUCCAUAUAUGGCAAAUUUCUCAUCUCAAGGACCUAACACUGUUACGCCAGGAAUCCUUAAGCCUGACGUGACUGCUCCUGGGGUCGACAUCAUAGCCGCCUACACAAGGGAACAAAGUCUCAGCGGCUUGGAGUUUGAUCAUCGCACGACUGCAUUCUAUAUAGAAUCUGGCACUUCCAUGUCCUGCCCUCAUGUUGCUGGUGUUGCCGGUCUUCUCAGGACAAUGCACCCUUCAUGGAGUUCAGCUGCAAUUAGAUCCGCUAUCAUGACCACCGCGAGAACACGAGACAACAGAGUUAGCCCCAUGCUCAACGGGUCUUACGUGAAGGCAAACUCAUUCAACUACGGUUCAGGACAUAUCAGGCCAAACCGUGCAGGAGAUCCAGGAUUGGUCUAUGACUUGACAGUGAACGACUACUUGGACUUUCUUUGCGCAGUUGGGUACAACCAAACGAUGAUUAAGCUUUUCUCAGAGAGUCCUUCCUACAAAUGCCCCAAGGAAGCUAGUAUUGUAGACUUGAACUAUCCAUCCAUCACGGUGCCUAAGCUCACAGGCUCUGUGACUGUGACCCGGAAACUGAAGAAUGUAGGAUCCGUAGGAACUUAUGCGGCAAAUGUCAGGGAGCCACAUGGCGUGUCCGUGAAAGUUGAGCCGAGUGUGUUGAAGUUUGAUAGAGUUGGUCAAGUUAAAAGCUUUAAGAUGACAUUGAAGCCUAAAUGGGUUGCAAAAGACUAUGCCUUUGGUGGUCUCACAUGGAGUGAUGGCAAACAUUAUGUGAGAAGUCCUAUUGUUGUCUCUAUCGCCUAGUUGAUAGAGAGAGAGAUACAUACGUUAUGUUGGCAGCUCUUCUUUCUUGAUUUUACUCAUUUUUACGUAUUGAUCGAUGUUGGUGUUGAAAUGAUCUAAACGCUGUCACAGCAACAUUUUUUCUAAGUUUGUACCGUUUCCUUUCUCAAAACAAGCAAAAUAUAUAAUGCCAUGGAAUAUUCUUAAAUCAUCAACAGGACAGCAACUCAUGUCACUUUGAUCAUGCAACAGAGUUUAUUCAACAACGCAUAGCAAGUUUAUGUGCCAACUAAAACUGUGUCGGUUUAAUUGAUUAGUGAGCUGUGUUCAGUGUGAGAUCUGGA